AUGGAGGAAUUUUGUGAAACGAUGUGCUUUUUGGAACCCGAUUGUGUCAGCAUUAACCUUGAUCGUCGGGCUGAUGUAUAUGGGAAGUAUAAAUGUGAAUUGAAUAAUGUUACUCACGAAGGACACGAACACGAGUGGAGGAAAAACCCAAAUCACUUUUACCACACAGCUGAGGUACGUGUAAUAUAUUUUAAAGAUUUUGCAUAUAUUAUGGUGAGCCGUAAUUGACACACACAAAAAGUGUACUUAAAAGGCAAUAGAUUUCGCAAUAGUUGCCUGAAACAAAUAUUGCAUUGCUCAAAAUUUUAUCACCAGUUUGAUAUUUAGUGUCGUAGAAAUGUUAGGCUACAGGUUGUUCUAUUCUAGUUUCUUGAGAACUCAUUCUACAGUUGUUCCCGCUUAAUUUUCAGCAAAAUUGACCGAUUUGAAAAUAGCCAACUACUGUCAAGCUAGAAUCUUUAUUUUGCGAAGAAAUCGCCGUAGUCUUCACAUCCAAGGAUAAGCUCGCUCUUGAAUUACUAACACUCUCUUCUUACUUGCUGAUUGCCGGUGGUCAUAAUUUUAGCAGUCAUGGUUGUAAUAAUAAUGAUUUUCUUUUCGUGUCAGAGUUCUUGCGUGAAAAAUUCUUGCAUAAAUAUCGCCACUUGUCAAAGCGGUUUCACGGUCAGAGGACAUCGGUGUGUUUGUCCAGCUGGAUUAAAGGGUUAUAAUUGUGACGAAGGUAAAUGACACUUGCGCUUUUGCUUUUUAGUAUGAAAGCACUAAUGAACUAAAGUAGACUUUUUAACCGAAUUGGCCAUUUGAUGUGCAGAAAACAUGAAGAUUAAGCUAGAAUAUAUCUGGGAAAUCAUUUGUGUUCUACGGCGUUCAUUGAGGACUUCAACAUCGGAACCAUGUCGAUGUUUUGGUAAGAUGCUAUUGCAAAUGAUCACGCUACAGAGAACUAGUUAUCAUACUUUACUUCCGAAUUUGACAACUUUCACACAAACAGUAGAAAUUGCUGUGAUCAGAAUUGCGUAAAGUUAUGGACUAGACCGUUUCGGUUGUUGAAACGAGGUCUUAAGCGACUUUAUUCUAAAGUGAAUCUGUUUUAGCCCCUUUUUCCUUUUUAUCAUUUAAUUUAUCCAUGUAUUCAUUAAUUUGUUUUACAGACAUCGACGAAUGUACUGAAAGCUUACAUAACUGCAGCAGUUAUGCUUUUUGCAACAAUACUGAAGGGUCGUACAACUGCACGUGUAAACCUGGAUACACUGGAAAUGGGCGAGAAUGCAGAUUCGAUGGUAACCUUUUACUUUAAAGAAAAUUUAAUUCUCAUUUCUUUUGUAAUUAAAAAUAAAUCGGCAGUCGCCUUAUCGUCGAUAUCUUUCAAUUUCCACAGGAACUACGACGUGCAAGGAAGCUCAGGAGAGAUGUAAGUAAAUAAAAUCAACGUUCGUGAAGCGUUUUUAGGUUGAUUGUUGAGGUCAGGAAGGAUACUUAAAGAACAUUGAGAUAUACGAAAGAGAUCAAUAUAUAACUGCCAUAACCAACUUGGUUAGCUGAGUCAAGAUAUGAGAUGGUCACGUGCUAAUUACUCUAUUUGUAACUUGACUUCUUGUUUGCUUGCGUUACAAGCGCACGAGUAUAAAGAGAAAUAGUUCAAAAUGGCUCGUUAUUGAACUAUCCUGAUCCGUUUGGAGGGCUAGCCAGAUUACAAAAUUUGUUUCUUUCUUUUCCUCCACACGUAUUAAAAUAAGUACGUUUAUCCUCCCCAUUUUUUCGGGGGUGGGGGGAGGCGAGUGGGGACUAGAGGCCUAUGGGUAAUACAUGAAGCAAGGCUACAUAUGAUGAUCUUUUCUCAAAGGAAGAAGUCUGUAAAUUUUUCUGAGAUAAAAAAAAACAUAAGACGAAAUAUUUUUAUAAUUACUCUAGACCUCUUUAAAAUUUAAUUUUAAAUAAAAAGAGCAGACUUCAGUGGCGUGGUUACUCUCCUUAUUGAUUCAAGACAAGUCCCCGUUUUCUGUCAUGUGGGUGAUUUUGGAUGUGGCGAAGGAGGAUGGACACCUGUGAUGAAGAUUGAUGGCAGCAAGGUUUUUUUAUUGUGUUCUUUUUUCAAUUCGAGUUCGUCUGAUUGAUCUUAAUAAAUGAGAUAAAACGUUAUAAUUAUAUUAUAAUUAUUACUACCAUUUGCCACGUUAUCAUUGUUAUAUAUCAUUUAAGUUAUUCAUUAUUAUUUAUUGAGUUAUUCACCUUCGCAAGUGUGAGACAUUUGUCACUUGAGUGAAAAACACGACUGAACGAGUUUUCGUCCUUCUACAGGGAACCUUUCAUUAUAGCAGCUCCUACUGGACUGAUAGAAACGAGUACAACCCUCCUGGAGGGGAGACUGGGUUUGACGAACAGGAAACCAAGUUGGCCAUCUACUGGAACGCAUCUUUCUCUAAGAUCUGUCUUGGCAUGAAAAUCAAUGAACAGCUCAGGUUCAUUGUCAUCAACGAGCAGGCUGACUCUUUGUACUCACUGAUCGCCGAUGGGCAAUACCGCGAAACCUCACUGCGUCGUGAUACGUGGAAAACGCUUAUUGGUGCAGCUGCUUCUUUGCAAAACAAAUGUAACAAGGAAGGGUUCAAUGCAUUUUGUACGUUAGCAUCGUCAUCAAAAGCCAGGAUUGGUAUUGUCAGUAACCAGGAGGACGAGUGCUUAACGUGUGACUCAAGGAUCGGAUUUUGGGACUGGAGGCUACCCAGAUGA